AUGAAAAAAUAUGAUAUAUUGAUUGAAUUAACAGAGAAAAAUAUUGAAUUUUUAUUUAACUGUUUGAAAAUUGUGCUUUCUCGAGAUGAGGCCUUAAAAAUUUUUUCUCACAUGUUACUAAGAUGUCAUCAUAAUCCAGCUCCUUUCCACAAGAUUAUAAAGCUGUUUCCUGAAGUCUUUACAGAAUUGAAAGCAGAAAAUAGUAUCUCCAGUACCCGAUGCUUAAGAGAUCUUGUUGAGUUAUGUCAUAUACAAAUGUAUAUUCAUUCAGGUUUCCCUGAUCUUUAUGAACCUGUAUUAAAGCUUACUAUGGAAACUCCAACCCCAGCUUUAACUUUCAUCAAAGCAGUGAUUGAAAAAUAUUCAAGUAAAUGUUGGGGCUCUUCAACUCCUGUAGUCUUGUCCUGGAGUACUCGAGAAUUUUUGUCAAUGUCACCUACAAAGAGGCUUGGUCUUUACAACUUGUCAAACACUUGUUAUAUGAAUUGCACUGUUCAGGUUCUCUUUCUCCUUGAUGACUUUAGACGUCAUUUAUUGAAGUUGUCACCGAGUAGUAAAAAGAUAUUAUUAUACGAGAUGCAAAGACUGUUUAGUUUUCUUCUCAGCAGCCAGAGACCAGCAAUUUCUCCAAAGUCUUUCUAUCAGGCAUCCAAACCAACUUGGUUUAAUGCAUUCGAACAACAAGACUGCGUGGAAUUCUUCUCGCAAUCAUCUGUUGUUAAUUUAAACCCAUUCAAGUUAGGAGAUAUUCUGAAGGAUGAAUGGUACCUUUUCAAUGAUGAACGUGUAACUUAUACAGAAUUUAUGUCUUCAGAAAAACUCGGCAAUUACCCACAAGAUACUCCUUAUUUGCUCAUCUAUAGAAUGAUUGAUAACAAAUUGAUAUCUAAUGCAGUUGGACCACAGAUAACUUUGGAACAGGACCAGAAUUUUAUUCCAGGGAGGUUCAAAAUGGAAAUCAGGAAAGACAAUGCUGCUUUCCACAAAGAAGAGGAUAGCAUAAUUACAUUGUCAACAGGAAACAAGCGCAAGAGAGACUUUGAUCCUAAUGAACGUGGUCCUCCAGGAAGCUGUGGAGGAGGUGGAAAUUCAAGUUUCAGCCAAAUUGAUACUGCAGGAGCUAAAUUUAUCUUUUAA